UGGUCUCGCGAUACAGAGGCUAGCCUUACUUGUCUCUACUGAAGAGGGAGGGGCUGCAGUUAGGGUUAGGUACUAGAAUGAUGAGUGAAGAUACAGGUGAGUCCUCAGGAAGGCAAGAGCAAUUUUGUGGGAUGGGAAGGUUCGGGUUGAGCAUUUCACCUUUGAUCAUGAAGCUUCAAGAAAAGAGUUGGCUCGUGCCAUUAUCAUGCACGAAUAUCCCUUAUCCAUUGUCGAGGAUGUUGGAUUCAGGAAGUAUUCAGCUACCCUCCAACCUCUAUUCGAGAUGGGCUCUCGCAAGACUCUUGAGGACGAUAUCCUUAAAAUUUAUGAUUUCGAGAAGGCAAAAUUGAGAAAUGUGAUUGAAGCCUUGAAUACCCGUGCUGCAAUCACUACGGAAAUGUGGACUUCAAAGGAAAAGAAAGGGUACAUGUCUGUCAUUGCUCAUUACAUUGACGACUCUUGGGUGUUGCAAAGUCGUAUGUUGAGGUUCAUUUAUGUGCCUGUACCUCACACUAUGGAUGUUCUUGCGCAAAAUUUGAUGGAUGCUUUGACGGGAUGGAACAUAGAGACUAAACUUUCCGCUAUCACAGUUGAGAAUUGCACUUCUGGUGAUUGUAUGCUUUCUAUUAUAGUGGAUAAGUUGAGUAGUUCAUUCUUACUUGAUGGGAAAAUUGUUCAUAUGAGAUGUUUUGCACACGUAUUGGAUCUUGUUGUGAAAGAUGGGUUGUCUUUGGUAGAAAAUGCAAUUGAGAGAAUACGUGAUAGUGUAUCAUUUUGGUCUGCCACUCCAUCAAGAGUGGACAAUUUUGAAGCUGUGGCUCGUCAAGCAAAGAUUUCAAGUUUGAACAAGUUGGGUCUUGAUUGUAAAACCUGUUGGAAGUCAACUUAUUUGAUGCUUAAAACAGCCAUGUGGUACAAAGACCUUUUCCCGAAAUUAAUACUUUGGGAUGAACACUACACUUGUGUACCUACUGAUGAUGAUUGGAAGAUGGCCAAGAAUAUUGCUGAAAAGUUGGAAAUCUUUUGUAAUGCGGCUAAGUUGUUUUCUGAACAAAGUUUCCUAUAGCAAAUUGUUACUUUAUGAAAAUUUGACAACUAAGAAUUGCAUAGGUGAAAUGGGUGAAAGAUGAUGAUGUGGUUAUUAGUUCAAUGGCAAUUAAAAUGUAUGAAAAGUUCGAGAAGUAUUGGAAUGUUAUUCAUGUUGUUUUGGCUGUGGCAGCUGUGUUGGAUCCUCGGUAUAAAUUGAAAGCAGUGGAGUUUUGUUUUCGUCGAAUUUAAGGUGAUAAUGCACUUCUUGAAAUUGAGAAAGUGAAGAGAACUUGUUAUGAAUUGCUUCACGAGUACCAAUGUAAAUCGCAUGUUUCUCCUACUUCUUCCCAAGCAUCAUCUCUUCAAGUUUCAAAUGGUUGUACUUUUGACUUGGAGGACAUACCUUCUGAGUUGAUUGCUUUUCUUAGUGAGUCUUCUACUAAUGUGCAUGUCGGUUGUGAGUUGGAUCAUUACUUGGAUGAACCUACUUUGCCAUGGACUCGAGAUUUUGAUAUUCUUAGUUGGUGGAAGACAAUGGGGAUAAGGUUUCCUACUUUGCAAAAGAUUGCUAAAGAUUUUCUUGCUAUCCCUGUUUCCACUGUUUCAUCUGAUUCGACCUUUGGUACUAGUAGGAGGAAAGCGGUUCGUCUUCAUCGAAGUAGGCUACAUCCCAACACUUUGGAGGCAUUGAUGUGCUCACAUGAUUGGUUGUGGAAGAGCAGUGAAGUAGAAGAUUCUUGUUCAUCAGCAGAUUCCAAUUGCUUGUGCAUUGCUGAUGAAGAUGAGGAGGGCUGAGAAUUUUUCCGAAAUCGGACAUGGAAUGAAAUAGAAGGUAAACAAAUUCCAGUUUAUGAGUAGGUUCAAAUUGUUAAUGCUAGAAUGAGAUGAGAGCCUUGAGCCUUCUUUGGAUAAUUGAAAUUGCUAAUUACUUAGUGUU